AUGGGGAAUAUUACAAUGGGCGAUUCCCCUAGUAACUGUACCAUUGACCAUACCAUUCACCAGACUCUGGCUCCAGUGAUAUAUAUUUUGGUGUUGGUGGUAGGCUUCCCAGCCAAUUGCCUCUCUCUGUACUACGGCUAUCUGCAGAUCAAGGCCAAGAAUGAAUUGGGGGUCUACCUCUGCAAUCUGACCGUGGCUGACCUCCUCUACAUCUGCUCCCUGCCCUUCUGGCUCCAGUAUGUUCUGCAGCAUGAUGACUGGGCCCAUGGAGACCUGUCUUGUAAGAUCUGUGGCAUUCUCCUCUACGAGAACAUUUACAUCAGCGUGGGCUUUCUCUGCUGCAUUUCCAUCGACAGGUACCUGGCAGUGGCCCAUCCUUUUCGCUUUCACCAGUUCCGCACUGUGAAGGCUGCUGCCGGGGUCAGCUUGGUGAUCUGGGUCAAGGAGCUCCUGGUCGGUGUCAUUUUCCUCAUCCCUAAUGAAGUCAUGGAGGAUGAGGACCGACAUCGGGUCUGCUUUGAGCAUUAUCCCAUCCAGUCGUGGCAGCGGAGCAUCAAUUAUUACCGGUUCUCCGUGGGUUUCCUCUUUCCCAUUUGCUUGCUCUUCUUCUCCUACUGGGGAAUCCUACGGGCUGUGCGGAGAAGCCACGGCACUCAGAAGAACAGAAAAGAUCAAAUCCAGAGACUGGUAUUGAGUACCAUGAUUAUCUUCCUGGCCUGCUUUCUGCCCUACCACGUCCUGCUGCUCGUGCGCAGCCUAUGGGAAGAUAACUGUGAGUUCGCCAAGGGCAUCUUCAAUAUCUACCACUUCUCCCUUCUCCUGACCAGUUUCAACUGUGUGGCUGACCCGGUGCUAUACUGUUUUGUGAGUGAGAAUACCCAUAGGGACAUGGCCAGGUUGCGCGAUUCUUGCUUUGGCUUUCUGACCUGCUCUGGGAAGAAAGGAUCCAAGGAGUCCUACCAACUGAGCAGCCCAGGGGCCUCUGGGAAAAAUGAAACCCGGAGGGAGGAGCCUGAGCUGCUAACUAAACUCCACUCACCAGGCCAGGUCAUUUCCUCUCCUGGAAUGGGAGGGACUAGCCAGGAAUGUUAG